UACUACUGUACCUAUUGAAGUUAUUUACCACAACUUCUAUCAUUCUUCUGCUUUCAAAUUGAAUCAAAACUUUCCAACACUAUCACGGUCAGAAUUUGAUUGAUUAUGCUAUCUCGCUGAACAUCUAUCUGCCUUGAAGGCGGCUACAGUAAUAAACUCUGAAUUAACUAACAAAGAAACAAUAUUAUAUCUCAUUCACAAUGGCAUCGAAACGUAAGGCGUCCGCUAUGGCACCUACUGUGGAAGAUCCAGUAGAUCCAGCUGAUGAGCUCACUUUUACGAAUCUUGGUGGUGGUAAUGAGGUUGGAAGAUCUUGUCAUAUCAUACAAUACAAGGGUAAAACUGUCAUGGUAAGCAUAGAAUCUCUUUCUCCUUCUGCGCAACUUGCUCACUGACUUCUGAUAGCUCGAUGCUGGUAUGCACGCUGGUUAUGAUGGACUAGCAGCUCUACCUUUCUAUGAUGAUUUCGACUUGAGUACGGUCGAUUUACUUUUGAUCAGCCAGUAAGCGGAUUCCUCUUUUUUACAUCUUAUAUACGCGUAUUGGCUUUUGGAGGACAGGCAGUGGAUAUAUGGUAUUCUCUUUUGGCGGUUCAAUACAAUGCGCCAUCAGCAGUUUGGACUCUGCUUCGCAUUUUGGUUCAAGCAAUUCUGUAUACGUCUCACAUUUCAUUUGGCCUAUCUACCUACCAUAUUUAUCAUGUAUACGAGAAUCAAUACAAUACCGUUAUCCCACAGCAAAUGCUUGUCUUGAUUCUGUGAUAUAACUUCUAUCGCCGCACGCCCGACUUGUAUAUAGAAUAUUUUUGUUGGCGUAUCUUGCGUUGACCGAUAGUACAAGAGCUGACCUUUUAAAGUUUCCACGUCGACCAUGCCGCUUCAUUACCAUACGUCCUUGCGAAGACUAACUUCAAAGGUCGCGUCUUCAUGACACAUCCUACCAAAGCUAUCUACAAAUGGCUUAUUAUAGACAGCGUAAGAGUUGGAGGGGCAUCAUCUAAUGGAGGCUCACAAUCAGUCUACACCGAAGCCGACCAUCUCACUACAUUUGCUCAAAUCGAAGCUAUUGAUUACCAUACCACACAUACAAUCUCUUCGAUAAGGGUCACUCCAUAUCCAGCUGGGCAUGUGCUCGGUGCUGCAAUGUUUCUCAUUGAAAUUGCAGGACUCAAGAUCUUUUUCACAGGAGAUUAUUCUCGAGAAGAUGAUCGACAUCUUGUUUCUGCUGAGGUUCCCAAAGGAGUGAAGAUUGAUGUUCUAAUUACCGAAUCUACUUAUGGUAUAGCAUCACAUAUCCCUCGAUUAGAACGAGAGCAGGCCCUUAUGAAAUCCGUCACUAGUAUCUUGAAUCGUGGUGGUCGCGUUCUCAUGCCGGUCUUUGCACUUGGUAGAGCCCAAGAACUUCUUCUGAUUCUAGAUGAGUACUGGGAUAAACAUCCAGAAUUUCAAAAAAUUCCGAUCUACUAUGCUAGUAACUUAGCUCGUAAAUGUAUGUUGGUAUACCAAACAUAUGUCGGAUCUAUGAACGAAAAUAUCAAACGACUAUUCAGAGAACGCAUGGCUGAAGCCGAAGCCAACUCAACUAGUGGAGGUAGAGGAGGACCAUGGGAUUUCAAAUACAUUCGUUCAUUAAAGAACCUCGAUCGAUUUGACGACGUAGGAGGUUGUGUUAUUUUAGCAAGUCCCGGUAUGCUACAAAAUGGUAUUAGUAGACAAUUACUCGAAAGAUGGGCACCAAGUGAUAAAAAUGGUGUUAUUAUUACUGGUUAUAGUGUCGAAGGUACUAUGGCGAAGCAAAUCAUGCAAGAACCCGAUCACAUUCAAGCAAUCAUGUCCGGACCACAGGGUUUUACACGAAGAUCAGCACCUGGAGAAGCAGAGAAAGCCAUGAUACCUAGAAGAUGUAGUGUUCAAGAAUUCUCUUUCGCAGCCCAUGUUGAUGGUGUCGAAAAUCGAGAAUUCAUCGAAGAAAUCGCUGCUCCUGUAGUGGUAAGUCAACUCAAGUUUCAAAUCUAGCCCUGAAUGAGAAACACCCUAACAUCAAUAGAUUCUCGUCCAUGGCGAACAACACAACAUGAUGCGUCUGAAGUCCAAACUCCUCUCCUUGAACGCCGACAAGACCACUAAAGUCAAGGUUUUCUCUCCCAAAAACUGCGAACCAUUACGCAUCCCCUUCUUAACCUCCAAAACCGCCAAAGUUGUCGGAAAACUCGCAAAUAAUCCUCCGCCCGCUGAUUCCAGUCAACUCAUCACUGGUGUGUUGGUGCAAAAUGAUUUCAAAAUGUCUUUAAUGGCCCCGGAAGAUUUAAGAGAAUAUGCUGGAUUGACUACUACUACUAUUACAUGUAAACAACGUAUGACGCUUAGUGCGGCAGGUAUUGAUCUUAUACGAUGGGCAUUAGAGGGAACAUUUGGAAAGAUUGAUGAAUUGCCUGAAAGUAGGGGGAAACAAAAACAUUCGAUUGGAAAUGGUGAUACGCAUAUGAAUGGAUCAUCUGAUGAGGAGGCUGAUGAGGAAAUCGCGAAUACAAAUGCGGUAACUGCUUAUUUAGUUAUGGGAUGUGUGACGGUGAGGUAUAGGAGUAAUGGGGAAGUUGAAUUAGAAUGGGAGGGGAAUAUGUUGAAUGAUGGGAUUGCCGAUGCUAUUAUGGCGGUAUUAUAUUCGGUGGAGAGUAGUCCGGCUGCUGUUAAACGUACGUUGUUAACCUUCUUACUCCAUCUACUCUUUCUUUUCCUUCAUCUUUCUCUACUCUGAUAUCAUAUCCCUUCACACCCAUCUUCUCCCGUCCAUCACACCAAAAGAAAAUACUAACACCCCCCAGAAUCCGCAAGCAAAUCCCCACAUUCCCACUCCCACUCCCCCGCCCCCUCAAAACGCAACCUCCACGCCCACCUCUCCCCAACCGAACGCCUCGAACGCCUCUUCAUGUUCCUAGAAGCCCAGUUCGGCGCCGACAACCUAACACCCAUUGCACUUCCCCGACUCUCCUCCCCGUCUCACCCCUCCCUAGAAACCACCCUCGAAACCAAACCCGGACCCGAAACAGAAACCGAAACCUACGCCCUAGAAAAAGAACUCGCUCGUCUCCAUAAACUAGGUAUCCCCGUCCCAGGCAUCGAAAUUAAAGUUGAUAAGAUGGAAGCAAAGGUUUGGUUGGAGGAUUUGGAGGUGGAGUGCGGGAAUCGGGUUUUUGGAGAGAGGGUUAGGGCAGUGGUGGAGAGGGCAGUGGAGGUUACGGCGCCGUUGUGGGGGUAGGCUGGUUGGGUGGGUGGGUUUGUAAUCUGUGGGUUUUUAGGGUGUGUUGGGUUAGUGAAGGGGUGGGGUG